GAGACGAGCAGCAGCUGCAGCACUCUCCAUAUGAUCCUUCAGUCUCUUUACACUUCUGCUGCAGGAUGAAGAGCAUGACUUUAAUUCUUCUCAUCUCACUGUGCAUGUCUAUGGGGCGAUCUGACUUUGCGCCGUGUUUCUAUGAUAAUGGAGCUGGAAGCAGCAACGGAAACAUGGCUUUAUUCAGCAUCUCUGAAGACACAGCUGUUGGGACUCAUGUUUACACACUGAACGGCUCUGACCCCGAAGACGAGCCGGUGACCUACGACAUGACCUUUGAUAAGGGCUCCAAAGAGUACUUCAGCGUCGAGCCCAAAUCAGGGAACGUGACUCUCAUCCAAACACUGGACAGAGAGGUUCAGGAUGAGAUCGUUGCAUUUGUGACCAUCACAGAUGGGAGAAAUAAGGUUGUAGAAAAUGUUCGAGUGUUCAUCACAGAUGCUAACGAUGAAAAGCCUGAGUUUCUGGAUCUGCCGCUCAUAGUGGACGUCCCCGAGGACACAGCUUCAGGCAGCAGCAUCUACAGAGUCCAGGCCGUCGACAGAGACCUCGGGUCCGGAGGAAGUGUUACCUACUCCCUGCAGUCGACGCCCAGCACUAAGUUCACCAUCGACGGUCACAGUGGAGCUCUGCGCAUCAGAUCCGGAGAAUCGCUGGACUACGAGGUCUCCAGGACUCAUUUUGUCACUGUGGUUGCAAAGGAUGGCGGGGGUAAAUAUCAUGGAAAAUACCAGGUCAUGACCUCCACAGCCAUCAUAACCAUCAAUGUCCUCGAUACUCAGGAUUCUCCUCCAGUGUUUGUUGCUACUCCGUAUUUUGGAUUUGUGUAUGAAGUCUCUGUACCAGGCUCAGAGAUAUUCACUGUUUCUGCCAAAGACGGCGACCAGAACAACCCCAACACCAUGCAUUACUCCAUUCUGAGCGGCAGCGACGGCUUCUUCAGCAUCAACAGCACCAGCGGCUGUAUCAGCUUGACAUCUUUCCCUGUACAGCUGAGGAACGAGUUAUACGAGUUACAAGUCAAGGCUGCAGAGGUUGGAGCCGACAGGUUUUCUGACUACAGUGUGACCACAGUCACUGUUCGUGUGGUGGACCUCAACAACCAUCCGCCCACUUUCUACGACGAGAACGGCCCGCAGAACCGCUUCGAGCUGAGCAUGUACGAGCAUCCGCCGGAAGGAGAGAUACUCCGCGGCCUGAAGAUCACGGUCAACGACUCGGACCAGAAUACCAUAUUAUUACCAUGUAACAUAGUAUUUCAUAAUUCAUCCACAGUAAUUUUUCAUCCAUGUACUCAUGAUUUAAUAGUAUAUCACUGUGGUUUAUGUGAAGAAAAUGAAAGUUCAUUAUGUGCUAAUUAUUUACACUUGUUGUGUGUUUUUCAGAAUGGGCUCAAAGGGCCCAUGGCUGCUUUUCUAAUGCAGAGCCGAGACAAUCCAAUGAAAGCUCUUGGCCUGGCCGUCAUCAUCAUUACUGUGAUGGUUUUGGUGACAGUUAUGAUCUCCACCAUCAUGUACUUUCGCAACACAAAGUCCAACAGGAUCACGCCAGCGCGCCGCAUCAUUCGCAGGAGGCCCAAAGAGCCGCGCCGCUGGAUCUUCAGGCCGUGGUUUGGACGGAGCGACCUGAGCUUUGGAAAGUUCUUCACUGAUGAUGAGACGAGGGACAACACAAACCACAGCAGCCCCAGAGCCAAGCCGCCGGCCCCCAGCGCUCCGGUGCUCCCUCCUCCGCCUCCGAGCGAGCGGCUGCGGUCAGUGCCCACGGUGUCCGGCUCCCUGGCCUCCAGAAACACCAGCCGCAGCUCCAGCUGGAGGACCAGCAAAAGCACAGACGGCGCCCAGAGAUCUGCCCAAAACAAAGACGGCAGUGGCAUCAGCUCCGCUCUAGUGUCUGAGCUUAAAAUGAGAAUAGAACAGAAAAUCAAUGAGGCAAAUCAAGGCUACUAUUACUGACACACUGACCGGUGUGAGUAACGGAUACGAUGCGUGUUUGAUGGACCGCUGGACGCUUGAUGUUACGAACAGCUCACUGAGAAGAAUGUUUAUUUUUUUGUGAAAGUGUUUUUAAAGUGGCCGUCUGGUUUACCCUUAAGUGUUUCUGUUUUUCAACAUGCUGUACAGUCAUUUAAGAUCUAAGAUUUCUAUAGAUUAUUUGUGUGUAUUGCAUGUACUGACUGUAUUUCUUCAGCUUUUGCCUUGAGGAUCUUUGGUAAAAGUCUGCAGACUGUAUGAACAUCGGACUCUCAUUUGUAGUUACUGCUGUCAAACCUUUUUUUUUAUUAUUGUUUUAUAAAGAGUUUUUCACUGAUAUUUUGAACGUUUUUUUUAAUUUUCCUGUACAUUUUCUGAGAAAGAGCAGAUGAACGUCCAUGUGCUAUUUGCUGUAGGGCAUAUCUGAAUGUCAAAUGUGUUUAUCAUGAAUCAUCAUAUCAAGUCUGUGCUAUAACUGAAUUUAGAAAUAAAACAU